CUUCUCCCUCUCUUCCACCCCUCCCCGUCCCCGCAUGAUGUUGUUGACAUUGGGCGAAGCUGUAAGUAAUUUGUUUAUUUCCUUGGUCAACACUGGAUCAGUCCUGUGACUUCCAGUAUGCAGAUGGAUAAAGUGUAAACCAAAUCCUUUCGGGGGCUGCAGAAGAAACUCUUGAUACGUGACAGGCAGCGCUGUCAAAAUGACGAGCAAGAACCUUCAUUCAACAUCGAAGUUGACGGAAUUUGCCCCCUUAAGCCCAGAAGACAAACAAUCUAGUGUUGGCAACUUCAUUGCCAAAUUUUUUAAAGGAAAUAAACAUGAGACCAAAGAGAAGAGUGUUCCAGGAUCACCUGGAGGAGAAAGCCGAGGAUCAACAAGUGGUCAGGAACGAUUUACUGAUCCUCUCACAUCAUCAGUUAAUUUGCCAACGACAAUUGACCCCGGUGUGUCUCAGUCUCAAUUUGACGUCAAUGUUACUGAAGGACGUAGUCUUCCCAAUGUGCUCAAGCGUCUUAGUAACCUCAUCGCUCUAAGAAAUGUGAAUCCACAAGCAUAUGGUGAAACUGACUUAAAACAGUAUUGGAUGCCUGAUGCAGUUAGUCGUGAAUGUUAUGACUGUGGUGAACGGUUCACAACUUUUAGGAGGCGACACCAUUGCCGAAUAUGUGGGCAGAUAUUUUGCUCUAGGUGCUGUAGUCAAGAGGUACCCGGCAGGGUAUUAGGAUGCACAGGCGAUUUACGUGUGUGCACAUACUGUUGGAAAGUUGUUCACUCAUAUCUGCAAUCAGACUCCAAAGCCGACAUAUCAGCAGACCUCAUAAUAAGUAGUGCAUCUAUUAACAUUGCUGGAAGUGAGGAGGACAGACUAGGAGCCAGUUGCCCUCCUCCCAGUACUUACAGUUCCUCCUUACGAAGGAAAACCUCUGUUGGGUAUCAAGAGGAGCGUUUUGCUCUAGGGAGAGACCAUCCUGUCUCAAAAAUGUUGCCAGAAGACAACCGAACCUGGUUUUUGUAUGCUUUAUGUCAGCAGUUAGCUCAUCCAAGCAAAGGUUUGCUUAUGCAAACUGUGCGUAUACGUUUAAGAGUUCAUCAAGAUGUAUUUACUGGAAGUCAGCUUGUUGAUUGGCUCAUUGAGCAUGGUAAAGCUGGUGACAGAUCUGAGGCUCUGUACCUAGGAGAAGCCCUUGUUGGAGGUAAAUUUGUUGAAUCUGUCACUGACGAAGGAUUCAGUGACAGCAAUGCUUUAUAUCGACUGCUUAAGGGGGAAGAUUUGUCCCUAAGCCAGAGUGGCAGUUAUGAUAGACCAGACCAAACCUCAGCUGGCCAGGAGGGACAAGAGCCUUCAUGGGUAAAGGAAGUGACCCAUCGUCUGUUUGAAUCAAACACUACAACAGACUCUGAAUCAGAAGGUUUGCUUUCUGAAGUAGAUGUUGAGGGUAGUAUAAAAUCCUCUCCUUCUACAUAUCAACUUGAUCUUGACUUAAAGCAAAGUACUGUUCACCUUCGUCCCUCAGCAAACAUUUCACCAAACUCACCUUCAACACCUGCUGUUGGUGAAUGGAUACAACAAUCACCCCAACCCACAUCUCCCUCCAGUGAACUCUUGAGUUAUGCCUUACUCCACUCAAGUCAGAGAAACCAAGAUAAAGAUCCUGUUCCCUGGCAUCAGAUUGCCCAACUCAGAUCUGACAAUGGCGAUCUGCAAGCAUACACAGCUCUCAGUGAAAAGUAUGGUCAGCACGAACAAGUACUUCUGAACCAACUUCUCUACUCUGAGGGCCUUUCCCAAUCCUGGGCUGAUAUAGUCAUGCCUCUGGUACAUCAAAUGGUGGCCGUUGUUCACCCCGACUCCACUAAUGAGUCUGAAGAAACAGAUAUUCGUCAUUAUAUCCAGUUCAAAAAAGUGACUGGUGGAACUCGGAGUGAGUGCAAGAUAUUGAAUGGUAUCGCAUUCACUAAAAAUGUUGCUCACCGCUCAAUGAACACUCGUUUGGAAAACCCGCGGAUCCUUCUCUUGAAUUGUGCCAUUGUUUACCAAAGGGUGGAAGGGCGAUUUGCCUCCCUGGAGCCUGUCAUGAUGCAGGAGCAAGAUUAUUUGCGCAAUGUAGUUGCUCGCAUAGAGGCCCUUCAGCCUGAUCUUAUAUUGGUGUCAAGAAAUGUGUCUCGUCUUGCUCAAGAGUCUCUAAGGAUGCUUGGUGUCACACUCGCACUGAAUGUGAAAAUUAGUGUUUUGGAACGAAUUUCAAGAUGCACUCAGGCUCAAAUCAUAAUGUCGGUUGAUGCCCUGAUAGGACGCCCUCAGCUUGGUACUUGUAAAAAAUUUUACAUGUGGACCUUCAAAACGGAACAAGGUGGCUCUAAAACAUUGAUGUUCUUGGAGGGCUGUCCAUUGCCACAAUUUGGCUGUUCAGUCUUGCUUCGAGGAGGAAAUCAAUCAGAACUCUCACGUCUGAAAAGAGUUGCACGUCACAUGGUCUUUUGUCGUUACCAUUGGCGCUUAGAGUUGUCAUAUUUAAUGGAUGAGUUUGCUCGUCCCCCAAGUAUUACAAAUGAUAGUUUUUUUGAGGAGCCUAUGAGUAGUGACCAAUUUGAAAGGAAUAAUCAAAGUGCAGUAGAAGCUCAUCUGAAUUCCCAAUCAAAACCAAAUCAGAAGGUAAAUGUUGAUCCAAGUGUUUCUCAGAAGUCUCGUAGGAGAAAUAGUUCCGACCAGCCAGAUACCACCAAGAGAGUAACAGCCGAAAGCAUAAGUGACUUCAGUGAUCCACUGCAUCAGUACCUCACCCUGGGAGAGGAAGCAAACAGUGUGCAAGCCAGUGGAGCCCAAUGUCUUGCUGUUGCCAAAAUACCAUACUUGAACCAGUUUCGUAAGGCUCUAGACGACACCAUUCUUUCAGUGUCUCCAUACCUCAAGUUCACUGUUCCCUACUUGGAGACAGAUCAGGGACGCUCCUGCAUAUUGCGUCAGUAUUUUCCAUCUGAAGUUUAUUGGUCUGAACAAUUUCAUGAAAAUGAAAGCAGUAGAAGCCGAGGUGGAACCGGCAUUAGUUGUGAAGUACCUUCCUAUCCAUGUGAUUCUAAGCUCGCUCCAAAACACAGCUUUAUGGAAAUGAAAAUAACUGUUGAAGCUUCUAGCAAUGAACUGCAAGCUAUUUUAGCACAUUUUCGAGCUUGUGGAGGACGUAUUUCUCCUAAUCACACUCUCCAACCGACUCUGAGUCAACCUGCCCAACCGCAUCAGCCAGCUAUAUCUGAUGAAAGCAACAUUGAUGUUCUGGAUCCAGGCAACCAUCAACAUUUAUGUGUGUUAUUUUGCAGCUACUCAACCUUCUCUCAAAAUGCACCUUCCUUCUGUGUCAAUCCAUGGGUUGUGAAAAUGGAUUUUUAUGGUCGAAAUGAUAUUACCUUGGGUAGCUUCUUAGAGCGCUAUUGUUUCCGCACAACUUUUACUUGCCCGUCUCAAACAUGCACAACAUCAAUGCUUCAACAUGUGCGGCGUUUUGUGCAUUACCCAGGCUGUGUCCAAGUCACAUUACAGCUUGUGGAUGGAGUUGGCUCUCUUCCCUCUAAUGAUCACAUUCUUAUGUGGAGUUGCUGUAGCCAAUGCAGUGUGGUUUCUCCUGUUACUCCAAUGUCACCUGAUACUUGGUCUUUGUCAUUUGGAAAGUACUUAGAGCUGCGGUUUCAUGGAGACAUGUAUUGUCUCAGAGAAGAGCAUGUUGACAAAGCUGAUCAAGCAUCCUCUCCAUGUUCUCAUUCUCUUCAUCAUGACUUCUAUCAAUACUUUGCUUACCGAAACAUUGUAGCAUCUUUCAAGUAUUCCCCUAUAUUUAUAUGGGAGGUUUCCCUGCCUCCAGAGCUUGUCAAGCUGGACUGGGAAACACAACAUAUGGCUUUAGUAUCAGAUGAAAUAAGUGACAUUGCUGUUGCUGGGCAAGAGGUUUUCAGUCAAGUACUAGAGCGCAUCUUUGAAACAUACUCAGAGGAUUCUGGAUUAAAAACUCAACUCCAAAAGGAUCAAGCCCAAUUUAAAGCAAGGGUUGAAGAGGUGCUAGAUACAUGUCAUCCUUUAACAGAUGCAGGACACUGGAAAAUAUUGUGGCAGCUAGAGGAUACAGUUGUUGACCUUUACCGCCUUAUAAUUGAAGCCGUGGCUAACUGGAACACACGGUUUAAAGCUUUGGAAGACCGAUCAAGAAUGGCUAAAGGAUCAGUGAAUGUUCCUCAUGAAACUGCUGAUGAGGCAAUACUCCAUUCCAAAGAAGAAAUAGCAAAAGAAUCAGACCAACAUUUCUCUGUGUCACAAACUAGCAUACCAAUAUGCUUUGAAACACCAGGAAACUCAGACAAAGUUGCAUCCGUUGGAUCAGCAUCCAGUGAACUUUUAUCAGUGCCAUCUGUUGAUGUUACUUUCAGUCGUCUAUCAUCAACAGUAGAUUCUGAAGCAGACUCUCUAACAGACCAGUCUGAACCCCCAACUCUGCAGUCAAUGCAAUCCAAGAGUGUUAAAACUAUUUUGUCUCAAUUCUUGCCCUCAGGCCCAAUGCUCUCUUCUAUAUUGGUUCCACAAAAACUCCAAGAAAUUCAUAUCAUGCCAAGGUCAAGUGCCACUAUUCCUAUUGGUGUGAGGGAAAGUCAGCCCAGCACCAUAAUUGCCCAUGCCCUUGCAACUCACGACUAUCAACGCAGUUUAGAUGAAAUGGUUAGGCACCCACCUUCAGAAACUGCUAACAGCUCAGGAGCUUCCAUAGCCCCUAAAAAAGUUCAAGGAUAUAUUGAAAGAGAAAGAGAUAAAGAUAAAGAUCGAGAUAGUUUGAAUGGGGAGUUAUUGCAAUCUUCUGAACUCCGGCGUGGGGGUGUUUUAUCUUUCUUGCGGGGAUCACCCAAUGCAGCAACUAAAGAUUCUGGUAACAUUGAAGGUGUAGCCUACACAACUAGUGUAACUAACCCUCCUCCAAAUGCUGCACCUGAUGGCCCUACAACUAGUGGCAUUGGCAGCCCAACCACAGCAGCAGCUCAACAAAGCCCCACUUACAUUGAGGUUCAGUUCAGCGAUGCCUCCACCAACUUUUACUGUCGUAUUUUCUAUGCUGAAGAGUUUCUAAAGUUGAGACGCCUCAUUUGGCCUAGGGGUGAAGAGGCCUUUAUUCGUUCUUUGGCUCAUUGUGUCCAUUGGGCAGCUCGUGGAGGCAAAUCAGGAUCAACAUUUUGCAAAUCAAGAGAUGAUCGUCUUGUCAUAAAGGAGAUGUCAAAAACAGAGCUCAGUCACUUUUUGGAUAGAGCUCCUCGAUUCUUUUCAUACAUGACUGACAAUCACAAGAACCAUCGUCCCACCUUGUUGGGCAAAAUAUUGGGUGUCUAUCGUAUUGUAUUCAAAAAUGAUUUGACUGGGGCUGCAUCAAGAUCAAAUCUUCUCAUUAUGGAGAAUUUAUUUUAUGGCCGUGAGGUCAGCCAUAAAUUUGAUCUUAAGGGUUCAAUAAGAAACCGGUUGGUCAACCCUGGGUCUGAGCCACGAGAAGAAGUUGUUCUGCUGGAUGAAAAUUUAUUGAAGAUCACCCGAGAUAUGCCUCUAUAUGUUCUUCCCCAUGCCAAGUCUGUGCUCACUCAAGCCAUCAAAAGAGAUACAGAGUUCUUGACUUCCCAGUCUGUCAUGGAUUACUCUCUAUUGGUCGGUCUUGAUCAAUCUCGUAAGGAGUUGGUGGUUGGAAUAAUAGAUUACAUUCGCUCUUUCACUUGGGACAAGCGCUUGGAAAAUGUUUUCAAGAAAGUGGCUGGCCAGGGUAAAGCUCCAACUAUAGUUCAGCCUGAAGACUACCAAAGCCGGUUUAUAGCUGCUAUGCACAGUUAUUUUCUAACAGCUCCUGAUAGAUGGUAUGGCUUUGGGAAAGGAUUUCAGUAAUACACCUAAUACAAAUCUGUGCAUUGUUUUACUAUAUUAUUUUUUUAAAGAAAAGAAUAAAGAAAAGGUUUCUGUGAUAUGUAUUGUUAAGAUAUACAGUUGCAUAUAAAAAUAUUGAAUUUGGUUGGUAUAUGCGCACUGUAGGUUUCACAAAAAAAAAAAAUAUCACCUGAUUCAAUUUGAGAGCAGGUUUAUUCUGUUGCAAGUCCAUGUUAUCUGUUGUAAUUUUUCUUGUCACAAACAAUAUGAACCUUACUACAAUUGUUACUUUAUGUGCAGCAUUAUUUGCUUCAAUUAGAUGAAGUAUGUGUACUGAGUUUUAUAGGAUAUGCAAGACACCUUGUUCAGAUUUAUGAUGAACCCACAACUGUCAAUUACUAAAAAUUGAGCCUGCUGUGAUAUUUCUUGCUUUAAAUUGUUCAAAGUAUAUGAUAUGCUAUUGUUAUUUUUAUGAUUGUGUUUAAUAAAAUAAGUCCCCACUCAAGAUGCUCUUGAAA